UACCACCAGUAGCCCUAAUUAUCUCUCGCAUUCGAUAAAGAAAUUUGCGUCCUUCACGAAGCUUCAUAUUUGCUCCUUCUCCCUCAAAUUCAAUUUUUUCCUAUCUAACACUUCUUUAGUCACCAGUAUAUUAUUGUCGUGUCUGGUCUGGAGCCCUAAUUUAUCCAUCGCUUUCCAGAAUCGCCGUCCAUCAGAGCUAAAUACCGUGUUCUUCCUGUAAUUGGGUCGUUUUCGUUCCAAUCUUGGAGAGUUCCAGCUGAAAUUGGGGAAUUUCGUUUUCUGGGUUUUAUUAAAAAAAAUUGGUUUUUUAGCUCCUGUUAUCUGAAUCGGGGUUGUUUGAUUGAGAGUGAAGAAAAGAUGGUUGGUGGUGGAAACAGGAGAGACGAAGGAUCGAUGCCGAUUCAGAACACCAACUUGUUUGCCGCUCUGGAUACAAGGAAGAAGAAGAAGUCAGAUAAGACCAAAGGUUCCUCAAAGUCGUCAUCUGGGCAAGAUCCGAAAAAGGAGCCUGAGCCACAGGUCUUCUGGGCACCUACGCCUCUCAAAGCAAAGGCUUGGGCGGAUAUCGACAGCGACGACGAAGAUGAUGACUACUACGCAACCACUGCUCCGCCUCCUGCUGUCUGGACUACUUCUGAAGCAAAAGAGAUUGAGGAAAGUGAAAGUGAAGAAGAUAUUCUUGAUGAAGGCGAUGAUGAUGAUUUGGAGGACGAGCAUGAACAGGAAACAGAGACACAAGUAAGUGCAGAAGCAGAGUCUGAGGUGAAAAAGGCUCCUGAAAUACCUGCACCACCCAAGGAGGCAGAGAGGCAGCUUUCCAAGAAAGAGAGGAAGCAGAAGGAACUUGCUGAACUUGAGGCUUUGUUAGCAGAUUUUGGCGUUGCACCCAAGGAUAAUAAUGGUCAAGAGAACUCUCAAGAUAAGCAGGAAAAGAAACAAGUCAAUGGAGAGGGAGAGAAGAAGGAGAACACAACCGGAGAAUCCAAGGCCUCAAAGAAGAAGAAAAAGAAGGAUAAACAGAAGGAGGUGAAAGAAUCUCAGGAUGAGGUAAAGAGCAACUCAGAUGCUGCAGGUGAGUCCGCUGAGCAGGAGGAAGCUUCUUCUUCCAUGGAUGUCAAAGAACGCCUAAAGAAGAUUGCAUCGAUGAAGAAGAAGAAAUCAAGCAAAGAGAUGGAUGCUGCUGCCAAAGUUGUUGCGCAAGAAGCAGCUACGAGGCGGGCCAAGCUGGCCGCCGCGAAAAAGAAGAAAGAGAAGAAUCACUACAAUCAGCAGCCAGUGAGGUGAAACCAAUCACCCACCCGUUUUGAUAUGAAACCACUAAGAGAUAUAGUGGUUCAUAGGACACACCCCAUAAAACUGAAUUUUCUUUGUAAUGUUAUUGGAUUUUUUUACUAUGACCCUAGUUAAAAUUUUCUUUUUACUCUAUAA